AUGAGCACGCCAAAAGUCACCUCCAUUCUUCUGGUUGCGCUCAUCCUGCUUUCGGCGCUCAACUUUAUUCUCAUAUACUACCACUACUUCCUUUUGGUGGUCAAGUCCAAUGAGCUGCCCGAAGAACCUCAGAUGGAAAACAUGCUGGGCCCAGAUGGGUUCCACAUCCCGCUUCUUACAUUUAUUCCAGGGGUAUCGCCCGUGCUACUGCAACCAUGGGUGUUUGCAACGUCAGCAUUGAUUGAACGCUCCAUGCUAGUGCCUGCUGUUUUGGCGAUUUUCUCGCUCGGGUCGUUUUUGGAGCUGAGAUGGGGGCCGAAAGAGCUCUUGAAGUACAUUGCUGUGGUUGGAUGCGGGUCCAACAUUGUUCUUUAUGCAUACUACAUGGCGAGAAUUUGCAUCACUGAUUUGCAAGGUGAAAUUCCGCCCAUCAGUUCUUCUGCGGGCAUCAUAAUGGGCUUGCUUGUUGGACUUAAGCAGCGCAUCUCCAGUCAUUAUGUGAUUCUUUUCUCGGGCCGUUUCCGCAUAAAAGUGGCGUACUUCCCCUUUCUCUUGACCAUGGCUUCAGGCUUUUGCGGCUUGUUUUCACGCCACGCCCACAUUGUCUUCAUGCUCUGCAUCACAAGCUUUUUCCUCAGUUGGCUGUACUUGCGGUACUUCAAGUCUUCCUCUAAUGAGCGCCACUCAUAUAUUCUCCCAAUGCGAAGGACACCAAGUGCCACGCUUGAGUUCGAAGAAAAGACCGUUCGGGGCGAUCGGUCAAAUCUGUUUGCGCUCGAAACUUUCUUCCCGCGCCCGCUUUCACUUCUCGUGGCCAAAGUUGGCACUUUAGUUUUUCUGUUUAUGGUGCAGCGUCACUGGGUGGAGUCCAAAGAUUAUUUGCUGAGCGAAGAACCCGAGGACGAAAUGGCGACGUUGCAGUCUGGUUUAUUCAGUUUAUCGCCUCUCAAAGGCGCCAAAAACGUGUCGGUUUUUUCCGGUGGCGGAUGGUUUUGGGCAUGGAUUUCUCCCAAAAAGACAGAUAGCAUCAAUGCCAGACGCAAGCUUGCUCUCCGCGAGUUCGAAUAA